AUGAUCACUUCUCCAGCAGCAGCCAUUUCAAAUCCAGAAGAAAUCACGAAUCAUAAAAUACCUAAUCUACUGGAAACAAAUCUGGAAAAUUCACAAAAAUUUGAAGAUGAACAAGAAUUUACAGUGGAAUCAGUUUCCAGCAUUUCCGAUCGUUUAUUUAAAUUGACAUCUUGUACAAAGCAAAUUGCAAAUGAUGAUGAACAAGAUGAUUUUUUCGCCUCGAUUGUAAAUUCUUUUGAGGAAGAAGAUGCGGACUUAUUAUUCGGAGAUGAGUGUUGUGUUGUUAAGGGAGUGAAAUAUAGAAUUUGGGAUUGGAAUCGUUCACAGCUUCCAAACUUUUUAGAUUAUGAAGCGUUUGUGGUGAGAAAGGGGUUUAGGAUAAUGUGUGUGGAGGUGUUACCUGUUGAAGUUUCGUAUUGUUCUGAAAUUGUGGAAAGUAGUGGAAAGGUUUAUGCAUUGUUUAGAUGUGUGGAACAUUAUGAAACUUGUGUCAAGUUAGCUCAAAAGAGAACUAACAUUAUUCCAAUUCUAUGUCAUUCGAAACUGUACGAACCCUCAGAAUAUGAAUCUUUAAUUAUGGAACGAAUUGAUACUUUGUAUUUGGGCGUGCAUACAUCAUACACUAUGGAAAUUUUACAACUAAUUUCGAAUAGAUUCUUCAAAGAAGAUAUUUCGUUUGCUUUAUUCUUUAAAAUUCCAGAUGGUUGUACAAAUGUUGCCUCAUUUGCAAGAUAUUGUUUAGGUCAUGAGCAAGUUAAACGAUUUUAUUCAACUUCAUUAUGGUUAUUGGAAGAAUAUUUUGGAGUUAUUGGAAAGCAUCGAUUAACUGGCGAUAUUCCAAAAAAUUCUGGAAAUACUUGGUAA